GCUCAUUGUUGGAGGAGGAUCAGUAUUUCGAUUGCCUUUUUUUAUUGGUCCCUGGUUUUGAUGAGUCAGUCUCUCUCAUUUUUAAAGAUCCUCAUGCAUCCCCCGCAAAGACCAACACAAAGCAUAAGACGAGUGGACGACGGCGAAGACCUCGAUGAUUUUGUGCACAAGCAUAUUUAUCGUCGCCAUCUUUGUCGUCCAGAAAUCAAAGAUCCCUCUUUCUGCAACACGGCAGCCGAUCACUUGGUUACCUAGUUCAUGAACGGUUGGAUCUCGUAUUUUUGCCUCUCUUUGCUCCUUUUGCAAAUUUGAGCGUAAUUCAAUAAUUGACUUUUUUAUCAGGAGUACUUCGUUAUUGACCAAGCACUUCUUCGAGCUCUUGCUACAAGACAGUAUCACAUACUAGGUUUUGUUUCACCUUGAUGUAAGUUGUUACUACCCUACUGCAUCCUCAUCCGCGAAGAGUUUUCAAUUAAGUGUUAGUUAGCUAGCUUGCAGCUUGUUCUUCUACCACCACCUCCUAUUAACACCACACCCUCUCAUCGGACCUCGCGAAAAUGACGGACCAGGAUGCUAUGCACGAGACUGCCAUCCACCAGUGGAAGAUCAAGCGGUUAGUCAAGACACUGGACAAUGCCCGCGGGAUAUUGCAGUGAAAAAUGCCCCCUCCCCAUAUUGAAAGCGCAUCCAUCUGAAAAUUUGUGAUGCAGAUUUGUGACCAAAUUUCGUUUUCGAUAUGGGGUGGGGGCACUUUUCACUUUGAUACGGGAACGGCACGUCCAUGAUCACGCUGAUCAUCCCCCCGGGGGAUGAUAUCAACAGGCAUGGGCAGAUGUUGGUAAACGAGGCCUCCACGGCGAGCAGGAUCAAGUCCCGGGUCAACCGCCUCUCCGUCUGCUCUGCGAUCGCAAGUACGCAGCAGCGGCUGAAGCUCUACAACCGAACACCACCCAACGGACUGGUUAUCUACUGCGGGGAAAUAAUCACGGAGGAAGGUACUUAAAAAAAACUCCUGGCUGAUUCCUGAUUCUACCAUUGUAGUCCUCCAACGUGAACCUGAACGUGCUAUAAAGGAUCAAGACCAGCAACAGCAUGCUAAUGCAGGAAGUUUGUUGCUCAUAGUCUUAGUCAUACAACAUAGUACCGCGCAGCGCACAACGUUAAGUUUCUAUGCUAAUGUGACUAGUGCACCCAAAUAAAACGUCGCGGUGGUGGAAAAACAGGUAAGGAGAAAAAAGUCACCAUCGACUUCGAGCCAUUUCGACCGAUUAACACAUCACUAUACCUCUGCGACAACUGUUUUCACACUGAGGAUUUGCAACAGCUUCUGGAGAACGACGACAAGUAAGUGACUUCUUUUGUUGAACAAAGUUAGUAGUUUCAGCUUUGUUCUCGCCUUUCUCGGCAUGACAUUUUUACUUACAUCCCGAUAAAAUUGAAAGUCUGGGUCACAUUCUCAGAACCAACUGCAAAAAUCCAAGAUCGUUUUUUGUUUCGACGAUUAUAUUCUCGCUCCUAUCUACUUUACAGGUUUGGCUUUGUGAUCAUGGAUGGUCACGGAUCCCUUUACGGGACACUGUGCGGUAACACACGGGAAGUCCUGCACAAGUUCAGCGUAGACCUUCCGAAGAAGCACGGUCGUGGGGGUCAGUCCGCGCUCCGUUUCGCGCGCCUGCGUCUGGAAAAGCGACACAACUACGUAAGGAAAGUGGCGGAAAUUGCAGUGCAAAUGUUCAUCAGUAACGACAGACCAAACGUGCAAGGACUUGUUUUGGCAGGUAUAGAUAAUUUCAUUGUUUUUUGAGGGGAUUCGGAUUGGCAUCGAUAGUUGCGUGCAGGCUUUCGUUGAAAACGCUCCCACGAAGAAAGAUUGAUUUGAGCCUUUUUGGUGAAUCCCUGAGAGUGAAAAAACACUCGUUGGAACAAAAAAUCGUUUGAACUUCAGGUUCCGCGGAGUUUAAAAACGAUUUGCUUGCAUCUGACCUGUUUGAUCCGCGGCUAGCUGAUGUUGUCAUCAAGGUCGUCGAUGUGAGUUACGGUGGCGAAAACGGGUUCAAUCAGGCCAUUGAGCUUGCCGGCGAGACCUUGAGAAAUGUCAAGUUCCUGCAGGAGAAGAAGCUUAUCUGCAAAUUCAUGGAAGAAAUCGCGCAGGACACAGGAAAGAUCUGUUUCGGCGUGACCGAGACUGUGGAGGCACUGAAUAUGGGCGCAGUGGAAACACUGAUCGUGUGGGAGAACUUGGACGUAAAGACGGCACUCGCAUUUUUUUGUCAUUAUUUUAAGGGCUCGUCAUCGUCCGCUCCAUGUUUGCUUUCAGUUCUAGUACUACUGCUUUACGUAGUUGGAGUAGGUAGGUUCUUGAUCACGACUCACAUGCACAUGACGUUAUAGUGAUGAAAGAGCAAAGCCACGAUGAAAAUAAGCAUGGAACUACUACAAAAAUGAACAGCUUCUCCGAUACACGCUCCGAAAUCCAACGACCGACAUAACAUCGGUGGUUUACAAGACACCAAAACAGGCUGAAAGCAAAGACUUUUUGAAGGAGGGGCAACAGGAGCUCGACGUCAUCGAGAAGAUAGCCUUUUCGGAGUGGAUCGUACUGUUUUUUUUUUUUUACAUUGCCAUGAAACUUUAUUUGACUCCUGCUAUAUCAAAGUCAAAGAUGAUAGGCCGUUCCCGAACUGCUGCUAACUUAGUAGGCUAGGUCUGCUUGCUCCGCCGGAGCAACCCCACUUGUUUGCAUGCACAUCAUGAGACAUAAAGGACAAGGAGGCAGAAGCAACAAUCUCUCACGCAAAAAAUGCUGCAAAAACCAAAACAGGUGAACAACUUCAAGUCCUUUGGCUGCGUGCUGGAAUUCGUCACCGACAAGAGUCAGGAGGGCAAUCAGUUCGUAAAAGGUUUCGGUGGUAUCGGCGGACUCAUGCGAUACCGUAUCGACUUUAACGAGAUUGCCGGCGCGGACGCAGAUGACUUCAAUGACGGCGCCAGUGACUCCGAUGACGAGUGGAUCUAAAUCUGCAGGUGUUGCUGGUCGUCGACAGGAACCCACAGCACAUUGGCUGCGCGAAACCGGUGAAGCUGGGCCUCACAAAUAUUUCGACGAAUUGUAGAAGAGGACCGAAGUUGUAGACCCUUUGCAGGGCCCUGGUACGCGUGUGCUCGUGCUCCUGUAACAGCAAGAUUGACUCGAUAUGAGAGGACGCACGACAACCACUGGAUUGCAUCAGUGGAAAAUCAGGAUAUCAGACCUGCGGGAGCAGGUUGAUGUCUGUUAUCUCGCCACAUCAUAUAUAAGGCUAGUGUCAGUGUAAGCUUUUUCAAUUAUCAUAGUGUCAACCAGACGAGUUUUUCAAUCGCAUUUUUCACAAGAACGGAGAAAAUAGGCUGAUUCGAAGAACUGGGGCCAAAACCAGAGGUAGUCUAUUGCCAUAAGCAUGGGCAGAAAGUCAU